CCGGGCCUCGCCCCGCACUGCGCUCUAGCUACUUUAGGUACCUACCCACCUCACCAAACCUACACUCAACCUACGCCUACACCUACAUCUAGAACCCAUACUCAAACCUCCACUCACCCCUCUACUCGAUCCUCCCACUCCAUCUCCAUCUCCACUCGAUCCUCUGUCCAAUCUUCACUUAUAUCUGCACUCAAAAUUUUCACCCAAACCUAGAUCACUGUUCUUCGAGUACCUACUGUUCUUUAAGCAUCAUUUGAGCAUCCCCAUACCUCACCUCGUUACGCGUCUUCAGAUCCACCGAAUCCGCACCCCACAACCCGUUAGUUGGAGAAAAGAGCCGAUAUUUGAACGCAAUGCCUCGCAAAAGGAAGUCUGCUGCUCCCGGUGCGGGGGACACCUUAGCUCCUCCGGGGAUGAAGCCGCCAUCAGCUGCCCCGCCGGCCGGCAAACCGCCGCCGGCACAGACCGGAGCAUCAUCUAUUAAAUCGCCGCCGCAGCAGCAAACUCGGGUUACAACUGGUGGUCCCCCGCCGCCCCAGGGCCAGCGAGGACCUCCUCCCAAGUCAAUGGCGCCAGCCUCGGCACAGGCCGCUAAACAAUCAACUUCAUCGUCGGUACCCGCUACCGGCUCAACCGGACCACCGGCCGGCGAGCCUCAGAUGGGGCUCGACCAACUCGACGAGGCAGCAUUCCGUAAAGUUAUGAGAUCCGAAAUGCUCAUGAUGAUGCAAGAAAUCGAAAAGUACGGAUGGUCCUCCCCUCCCGCUCCUACCUAUAUCGUCCCGGACUGGGUCAUGGAGGACGGCCACCACCCCCUGCCCGAGUGGAUGUUUGCUCCCAACGGAUAUCUCGAUUGCGAUCCGACCUAUGAUCCCUGGCCCAAUAAGGACUUUGUGGCCGGCGAGAUAUACGAGACAAGCUUGACCGCCCCUGAUGAAUUCCCGACGCAGGGAGGUGGCGGGGGUGGAUAUGGAGGGGGAGGCGACCGCGGCGGGUAUGGAGGCGACCGUGGCGGGUAUGGAGGCGGCGACCGUGGCGGCGGUGGCGGUGGCGGUCGUGGCGGUCGCGGUCGUGGCGGUCGCGGUCGUGGCGCCUGUAACUCGAUGCGUGACAGGGGCUCCUGUCGGUUCGGUACCGACUGCGCGUUCUCUCACGACAUUUCGACGUUCUCGCUUGGUGAUCGUCCCGGCGGAGGGGGUGGAGGCGGUCGAGGUGGUGGAGGGGGUCGUGGCUGGUAAAGUCGCUUUUUCCCUGUCGCCCUCGAGGUGUGUGUUCGGCACUGCGACUUGUCUCCGGCUUAGUGUGUUUGUUUUUUUACUAAUCGAUACAGCCUGACGUCUACUCUACUCGUCCUGUCU